AUGGCUCUCACAUCCACCCUCUCCGGCCGCACCGCACUCGUAACAGGAGGAGCCCGUGGAAUCGGAGCAGCGAUCGUUCGGGAUCUCGUCGAUCGCGGCGCCAGUGUCUUCUUCACCUACCUCUCCAACAAAGACCUCGCUACGGACAUGUGUCGCAAGCUGUCAUCUGGAAGCCAACGAGUGGUAGCCUUCCAAGCCGAUGCGUGUGACCGAGCGAGCGACGGGAAGAUAGUUUCUGCAGUGCUUGAAGCGUUUCCAGCGGGAAUCGAUAUCCUUGUUCACAAUGCAGGGGGCUCGGUGGUUAAGCCCUUGGAGGACUUGACGUACGAGGAGUACAGGCGGGUGUAUGAGUUGAAUGUUGCGGCGCCGCUGUUCCUGACGCAGGCUUUGCUCCCGAAUCUGAAAAGGCCUGGGAGGAUCAUUUUGAUCGGUUCGACGGGUGCGAGGUUGGGGAUGUUUGGCGGGAGCCUGCUUGGUGGUGCGAAAGCGGGAGUGGAAGGUAUGAUGAGGACAUGGGCUCAGGAGUUGGGGCCUAAAGGUGUGACGGUCAAUUGCGUUUGUCCUGGAGCUACAGAUACGGACAAGAUGGCGAAAGGAGCACCCGAGGUCAUCGAGAAGUACUUCAAGGCGAGGACACCGAUUGAGCAGAGGCUAGGUCGUCCGGAGGAGUUCGCUACGGUCGUUGGAUUCGUGGCGAGCGACGAUGCCAGAUGGAUCGCUGGGAAGUGUAUAUUAGCUUAUGGUGGUCAUUAUAUGAUAUAG